UGUAAUUAUACCAAUCCUGCUCCGGUCGAUGUUCACUGGGGUUAUUAUAUCCCCCCAAAAGUAGGGCAAAAUCGCCUCAAUAUCAUGGCUUCGGCGGCAGCGGAAAUGGAUCUGGUCGAUAUACUCGACGCCUCCUCCGGCCCGAUCGACAUCGCCAGGUACGUCGACUUCGUCCGCGACCCCGCGGCGGGCGCGAUCGCCACCUUCGAAGGCACGACCCGCGACACCUUCGAGGGCAAGCUCGUGGAGGAGCUUCGGUACGAGGCCUACGUGCCGAUGGCGGCGCGUCGCCUCGCCGCUAUCUGCGCAGAGGCGCGGGGUUCCUGGCCGCUCCUCCGUCUCGCGGUGGCGCACCGCCUGGGGACGGUGGGGGUGGGGGAGGCCAGCGUGUUCGUGGCAGCGUCGGCUGUGCACCGGGCGGAGGCGAUGGAGGCGUGCCGCUAUUUGAUCGACGAGGUGAAGGCGUCGGUGCCGAUCUGGAAGAAGGAAGUGUACGAGAACGGGGAGGUGUGGAAGGAGAACAAGGAAUUCCUCGAGAGGAGGGCGGCCCAUCACGAGAUGGACCCAGCCCACGAACUUAAGGAGACCUCCAACGGCGAAGAAUAAGAUGAAGCAACGACCGUCUGAUGCGUAGUGGACGAUUGCUAGAAUUUGUAUCGACAACGAAGAAUCAAAAUAAACUCCACCGUAAUUUUAAAUUAUCGUGGAGAUUAGACUCCUUUGUUUAACUAUUUUUAAGCGGUUAUUGAUUGCAAGAUUUUAAAAAAAAAAUGAAUUUAAGUUCGAUAUUUAGGUCAA